UUCUGUGUGCAAUGGCUCGGGACUCGGGUCCUUUCUCUGAAGGGCCGCUCUUACAGUUGCUACCCUUAGACGCUAAAGACCGAGGAACACAGCGUUGCCGCCUAGGCCCGGCCGCCCUCCGUGCCUUGGGCGCGCACUUGGGUUCGGCCGUGAAGAUCUUCCUGCCCGACGGCGGCUCCUGCCUCUGCACCGCCUGGCCGCGGCAAGACGGAGCUGACGGUUUUGUGCAGCUGGACCUGCAGUGCGCGACUCCCGGGGCGGCACUGGAGGUGCCAGGGCCUAGGGGGAGCCUAAGCCUGAGCCGCCUGAGCCUGGUGCCCUGCCCGCCCCUGCGGCGCCUCACCGUGUGGGCGGUAUUGCGGGAGCAGGCGGAUGCGCCCUGGGACUUGAGUCCAACUGGGGUGUUGGAGGCGGCGCAAGAGCUGCUGCGGAACCGACCUGUCUCUCGGGGCCACGUGGUUGCUGCUCCGCCAGAUGCUCCAGGUCCCUUGGCCACCCUGCACAUAGUCGGCGGGACACCCAGUCCGGAUUCGGCCGGAUUGGUCACCCCUCGGACCCGGAUAGUCCUCAGCGGGACGCCCCCAUUGGAAGCAGAGCCGCAGUCUGAGGUGCCCCUGGGUGGCCUAUCGGAAGCAGCCGCCUCUCUACGGGAGCUCCUCUGCCUGCCGCUCCGCUACCCUCGCGCCCUGGCAGCGCUGGGUCUAGCCGUGCCCCGUGGGGUGCUCCUGGCGGGACCCCCUGGAGUGGGCAAGACCCAGCUGGUGCGGGCCGUGGCCCAGGAGGCGGGUGCAGAGCUGCUGGCCGUGAGCGCUCCCGCGCUGCAGGGCGCUCGACCCGGGGAGACCGAGGAGAACGUACGGCGGAUCUUCCAGCGCGCCCAGGAGCUAGCCAGUCGCCGACCCAGCCUCCUUUUCCUGGAUGAGGUGGACGCCCUGUGCCCGCGGCGGGGCGGCCCCCAUCGAGCCCCCGAAAGCCGUGUGGUGGCCCAGGUGUUAACGCUACUGGAUGUCAUCAAUGGGGACCGCGAGGUGGUGGUUGUGGGAGCCACCAAUCGGCCGGAUGCGCUAGACCCAGCGCUGCGGAGACCGGGGAGAUUUGACAGAGAGGUUGUCAUCGGGUCUCCCACACUGAAACAAAGAGAGGCAAUUCUGCAAGUGAUUACCUCAAAGAUGCCUGUCUCCAGUCUUGUUGAUUUGGGUCGUCUUGCAGAAAUGUCAGUUGGCUAUGUUGGUGCAGAUUUGACAGCACUUUGUAGAGAGGCUGCCUUGCAUGCUAUGCUUCGUAGUGACAAGAAUCAAGACAACUCUAUGAUUGAUGAAACAGACUUCCUAGAAGCUUUUAAAAAGAUUCAACCCUCAUCAUUUCGAAGUGUCAUUGGAUUGAUGGACAUCAAGCCUAUUGGCUGGGAGCAGAUUGGGGGUCUUGAUGAUGUAAAACUGAAGUUAAAACAGAGUGUUGAAUGGCCUCUGAAAUUCCCUCGAGAAUUUGUUAGGAUGGGCCUGACACAGCCAAAGGGAGUUCUCCUGUAUGGCCCUCCCGGAUGUGCGAAAACCACCCUUGUGAGGGCUCUGGCAACUAGCUGCCAUUGCUCUUUUGUGUCAGUCAGUGGGGCUGAUCUCUUCUCACCUUUUGUUGGAGAUUCAGAAAAAAUCUUGUCUCAGGUAUUUCGACAAGCAAGAGCAAAUACUCCAGCGAUUGUAUUUUUGGAUGAAAUUGAUUCAAUCUUGGGAUCUCGAUCAGUCAGCAAAACAGGAUGUAAUGUUCAAGAACGAGUUCUUUCUGUUCUCCUGAAUGAAUUGGAUGGUGUUGGACUUAAGACAAUAGAGAGAAGAGGAAGUAAAUUAAUUCAACAGGAGUUUCAAGAAGUUUUUAAUCAAAAUGUCAUGAUUAUUGCAGCAACAAAUAGACCUGAUGCGUUAGAUGAUGCCUUGUUACGACCUGGCAGGUUAGAUAAGAUCAUUUAUAUUCCACCUCCAGAUCAAAAGGGCAGGCUUUCAAUUUUGGAAGUCUGUACAAAAAACAUGCCAGUGGGGCCCGAUGUUUCUUUAGAAAACCUAGCAGCAGAAACCUGUUUUUUCUCUGGAGCUGAUCUUAGGAACCUCUGCACAGAAGCUGCCUUACUGGCUCUUCAAGAAAAUGGACUAGAAGCGACCACAGUGAAGCAGGAGCACUUUCUCAGAUCACUUAAGACUGUAAAACCAUCCUUGAGUCACAAGGACUUGACUUUAUAUGAAAACUUAUUUCAGAAGCAAGGAUUUUCUUACUAA